UACAUAACAGAAACAGAUCGCUGGCUAGAGGCAAUGUUUGGGGACACCCUUCUGCUUAAACAAAGCCGUUAACCUAAAGAGUCGGCCAUUUUUCACCUGUUCUCCCGGGAACGAUGGAUAAACUGCACGACAGAGUGAUUGAACUAAAAGAUUUGAACCCGAGGAGGUCGUAUGGAACUACAUGUGCAGAAGAAAACGAACUCCUCAAUGCCAACUCUAUUAAGAUGACAGACGCUCCAUUCGGGAGGACGGAUUCCGAGGACGACAUAGUUGAGGAAUACGACGACGUGCUCACGAUCAAAGCGUCAUGUCUGAAGAACAGGACCGCCCUAGAGAAGUUCCUCAUGGUGUUCAUGGUGCUCGCCCUGGCUGUCAUCAUUGGCCUCACCGUCGGGCUCACCAGACCCGUCCCUCCGAGGAGUUCUGCAAGACGCCAGGAAUGCAUCAAGGCCUCGAGUUCCCUGCUGGACGCAUUGGACCCGUCCGUUAACCCGUGCGACGACUUCUACCUGUACGCCUGUGGGGGCUGGGUCAAGAACAACCCCAUUCCCAGGGGCUACCAGAAGUGGGAUCGCUUCCAGGAGCUGUCGGGCAAAAACCUCUACAUUCUCAAGAAUCUCAUAGAAAGUCACACCCCACGAGGAACAGCCCAGCAGAAGGUUAAAGAGUUUUAUUCCAGCUGUAUGAACGAGAGCGUGGACAGAAGAGCAGAAACCCUCCGAGACUUUCACAAGCUGAUAUCGCAGGUGGGAGGGUGGUCCUACUCGAACGAUACUGGCGAUUCAUGGUCUUUUGAGACGGCCCUGGAGCUCAUCCACAGCUUAGGCGCCAGACCUUUCUUCCAAGUGAUCGUGGACGUCGACGAGAGAAAUCCGACAGAAAGACACAUGUUGAAGAUUGAUCUUGGUCAUACGAGUUUACCGUCAGAACUGUUUCCAGUGAGACACCCGACCACGCCCGGAACACCCCAACCCACCACUGGAAAUGCAACUGGAACUCCGGUUACUUCCACGACAGAGCCUGUCAAUCCCACAGCCAAUGUCACACACAUUAAGAAAGUUUACGUCGAUGAUACAGUACAUAUACUGCGAGCUCUUGGCGUGGAAGAGACUGAAGCGAAAACAAGAGCAGACCUGCUUUUAACCUUAGAGGAAAUUAUUGCAUCAGCUUCACCAAACGUUUUGCAUACAAAGCAUGACAAAAUGAACCUCUAUAAUAUAAUAUCCAUCGCAGACUUGGAGAAAAAUUACACAAUGAUUCACUGGGUGAAGUACUUCACGCAGACUGGCUACUCGGUGAAGGAGGCGGACUACGUGGUCAUCCUCCACCCACACUACCUGAGUCGCGUCAGCCACAUCGUCAAGGACUACAUGUCGCAACCGAGACUCACCAUGAUUCUUCGAGACUAUAUGGUACUCUCUUUGGUUCGAUCUUUAAAGGAGUAUUUUGAUCCCAGUACAUUCACAGUACAGAAACCAGAUGAAGACGAGGUGGUUGAACACUGGAAAAGAUGUGCGUUCUACGCGAAUCAGGCUUUGGGAUUUGCAACGGGCGCCAUUUAUGUUCGUGAAUUGGCCCACGAAGCAAAUGUGGAACAGGUGGAGGACUUUAUUCAGUACGUGAAAAACGCCUUUAAAGACUAUUUGUUGAUGAAGAUUUGGAUGGACAGAACUACAAGAAGAAAAGCAGGAGAAAAAAUAGACCACAUCGUGGACAAGAUAAGCUACCCUUCAUUUAUUUUGAACACAACGUUUCUGGAUACUUACUAUAAUGAUUUUAAAAUUAAGGCCAGCGAUUGGUUUCAAAAUAUACUGGAAUGGAAACGGUUCGACCUGGUACGUUCAAACACUGAUUUAAAAGAGAAACCAGAUAGAAAGAAACGGUGGAUUCGACCGCCAAUCACAGUGAACUCUUUUUACUCACCUACAAGAAAUGAUCUCAUAUUUCCUAUCGCCAUGUUUCAUCUUCCCUUCUACAUUCCAAACGGCCCCAAAUCAGUAAAUUUUGGCGCCAUGGGGUCCGUCAUAGGUCAUGAAAUAACACAUGCAUUUGAUAUACAAGGUAGACAAUACGACAGUGUGGGGCGCCUUCAUAACUGGUGGGAUCCAAACACAGCACACAAUUUCGCAGAGACCACGCCCUGUGUUAGAGAUCAAUAUGAUAAAUUUAAAUUUAAAGACUAUUGGGUCAAUGGAUCUUUUACUUUAGAUGAAAACAUCGCAGAUAAUGGUGGUGUCAGAGCAGCUAAUUAUGCUUACCAGACGUGGAUAGAGGAACAUACAGAGGAACCGAAAUUGCCUGGCCUCAAUUUAACACAUUAUCAAAUAUUUUUUGUUAGUUUUGCACAGAUGUAUUGCUCAAAAUACACAGACAUUGGAUUGUUGGAUCAUUUGUUAAAAGAUCCCCAUAGUCCUGGAUAUGCAAGAGUAAAUGGUGCUUUAUCAAACUCAAAAACAUUCUCUUGGGCAUUCGAAUGUUCGAACGCAGCUCGUAUGAAUCCACGAAUCAAAUGCCGAGUUUGGUGAACCCAUAUGCGGAGAGCGUGUGUACAUAUAUACAACAAGACUUUCACGAACAUUGUGAUACAAACUCCUGUCUUCCAUUCUUCCGCCAUGCCUGCCUAUAUUAUGUUAAUGAGUAUGAUUUCAAACAAAAUGAUUGGUCGAACGUUAUGUGAACUUUUUGAAGGAGACUAUCUUCAGAUUCGUUUGUUAUAUGUAUGUGUGUGCUAAUUUUUAUAUAAUCGUAUGCAUUAUGUGAACAAUUUAUACAUAUUGUUUGUGCAUUGUACAUAAUAGAUUUGAUACGUAAUGAACCAAUGCCAUUCCGUGUUCAAAUGAUGUUUUUUUAAGACAGACAGAUUUUAGCCAGCAUCGUCAUUAUUGUUUUUGUUUCACACAUAUUAUUAUGUUUGUGUUUUUUUUCUAAUUAUGGUGCGAGGGUACGGAGGGUAAAAUUAUGUACUCUAAAUUUUGAAAAUUAAUGAAUAUAUAUUUAGAUAGAUAAUAGUUAGAGAAUUUCUGUUUAAACGUUUUUAAAGAUCAUGAAAUGCAGUGUCCAAUUUCAAAAUAUGUCAAGUCCAUUACGUACCCUCAAAUUAUUUUCUGGCAGAAAGCCUGCACCUACGUCAGCUGUCUAUAAUGUCUGUCCAGGACAGUGGGUUAAUGGUUAGUGGUUAGUGAAAGAAAAGUCGGUGUAUUAACAGUGGGUUAAUGGUUAGUGAAAGAGAAGUCAGUGUAUUAACUAUGUUAAUGGUUAGUGAGA